GCAGCCGCGUUUGCACCACCGCACAUCCAGACUCGACGUAAGUAGUGUUGUUUCCAUGUAGAAACCUCAAAACCGUGACGCGGCCCAGCUCCACUCCCGCUCCAUAACGAAACGGAGUGCGUCGUCACUACAAUAGAGUGAAUAUUGCAGCCUAGUUAAGACUAGAGUAUAUAACCGCUUCGUAUCUACAUACAAAUUGAUAUAACAAGACUUUAUAUUUCCAUUCUCCUAAACACUACACCAACAAAUUCACAAUGACGGUCGCUGAAGUCGGCACGAUGCACAUCCAGCCGGGCAAAACGCCACUCGCCGCUGGCACGUCUGAUGAGAGGAUUCUGCGGGGCGCGUUUGAAAGUAUCAUCGCAGCGCCGGGUGGUCCGAGCAAGAUCUUCUGGGGCAUUGAAGAGCGGGCCGAAAAGACGGCAGACGGUGACGGACGGCUGUGGGGGUGGUUUGAGUGGGAAAGUCUGGGUGAGCACGAGAAGUUUGCAAGGGAAUUCGGCGGCGACGCAACGUCCCGCUUCGGUGAAGUCUUCGCCCCGGGGUUCACAAAACACGCAAUCCACUCCCUCACCCCUCUUCGUAGCCCCGUAACCCAGGUGCUGUGUCUGUAUUUCGAUAACGACGUGUCGCAGGACACCCGCGACACUGUGGAGCGCGGCUUUGAACAGCUCCGAAGGCACGAGGGGUAUAAGGCUCUGAGGGGGGCGAGCGGAGGGUGGGGCGUGGAGACGGAUUUCCCUCGUAGGGCAGGGGGCGGUACAGGGGCCGUAUUUUUUGCGCUUCUGGAGCGGGAAGGUUUGGAGGGGGAGAUCGAGGAGGCUAGGGAGGCAGUGGUGUUGGCGGGGGAGAUGGAGGGGUGUGUGGCGUGGGAUGAGUUUUGGGUUAGGUGUGAGGUGCUGGAGAGGGGGCAGUGAGUAUUUGCUUUGGAAAGAGGCCAACAAGCAGCUUCUCACGUUUCCUAUGGCCUCGUGGCGUGGGUUAUAUUUGAUGC